AGAUAGUUUACUUUGUUCGUUAAACUGCAUUUUAACAUAAAAGCAUUUGUUUUAAAUACCUUCUUGCCGUACUUAACUUUGGAGGUUAUGUUUCAUCUAGUUUCGUAAGACUGAGACACCUCACAUACGUGUACGGUGUUAUUGCCUCUCAUAUCUGUUCAUUUCAUAUAUGUAAUUACAAAAUAUUUAUGAUUAUAAGCCUAAUAUAUCAAUAAUAUACACCAAACACUGUCAAAUCCGAGUUAAACUCGUUAUCAACAAUGGGUACCUUAGAAGAGAAGAAACAUCUUAUAACACGCAACUUACAGGAAGUUUUAGGAGAUGAAAAGCUCACUGAAAUCCUGAAGCAAAGAGAUCUUAAAAUUUACUGGGGCACAGCUACUACUGGACGUCCCCACGUCGCUUAUUUUGUCCCUAUGUCAAAAAUCGCAGACUUUCUAAAGGCUGGAUGUGAGGUAACUAUACUGUUUGCUGAUCUACAUGCUUACUUAGAUAAUAUGAAAGCUCCAUGGGAAUUAUUAGCCCUCCGUACUCAAUACUAUGAAGCAGCAAUCAAAGCUAUGCUACAGUCAAUUGAUGUGCCAUUAGAGAAGUUGAAAUUUGUUAGAGGAACUGAAUACCAGCUUAGCAAAGAAUACACUUUGGAUGUCUACAGAAUGUCAUCUGUUAUAACCGAGCAUGAUGCUAAAAAGGCUGGAGCUGAGGUAGUGAAGCAGGUUGAUCAUCCUCUACUGAGUGGUCUCCUGUACCCUGGCCUGCAAGCUUUAGAUGAGGAGUACCUGAAAGUAGAUGCUCAAUUUGGUGGUGUUGACCAGAGGAAAAUAUUUACCAUGGCUGAGAAAUACUUACCUCAACUUGGAUAUGCCAAGCGAGUACAUUUAAUGAACCCUAUGGUACCUGGUCUUACUGGUGGUAAAAUGUCAGCAUCUGAAGAAGACAGCAAAAUUGAUCUUUUGGAUAAUCCAGCAAAUGUAAAGAAGAAGCUCAAGAAAGCUUUCUGUGAGCCUGGUAACAUUGCUGAAAAUGGUGUCUUGUCUUUCACCAAGUUUGUAGUUUUUCCUCUGAUGAAGAGUGGUGAAACAUUUAAAAUUUGUAGGGCACCAGAACAUGGUGGCAAUGCUGAGUAUUCUAAUUUUGAAGACCUAGAAGCUGCUUAUGCUAAGCAGGAUAUUCAUCCAGGAGAUUUAAAAGCCAGUGUAGAGCAAGCCAUCAACAAGCUUUUAGCACCUGUUCAAGAAAUAUUCAAGGACCCUAAGCUGCAAGAACUAGCUAAAAAAGCUUACCCUCCACCGACUAAAGUUAAAGGUAAUGCUUCUGCAGCUGCAGAUGAAGUUACUCCCGCAAAACUCGAUAUUAGAGUUGGGCGGAUAGUUGAAGUUUCUAGACAUCCUGACGCAGAUGCUCUCUAUGUUGAAAAGAUAGAUUUGGGUGAAGAGGAACCUAGGACUGUGGUUUCUGGAUUAGUCAACUAUGUACCUGAAGAGGAAAUGCAGAAUCGAGAUGUAGUUGUUUUAUGUAAUUUAAAACCAGCUAAAAUGCGAGGUGUUGAGUCAAAAGGUAUGGUGCUCUGUGCCUCUGUUGAUGAACCUAAGCAGGUUGAGCCUCUCUUAGCCCCAGAAGGCAGCAAGCCUGGAGAUAGAGUUGUCAUUGAAGGGUAUGAAACUGGAGAACCUGAUGAUGUUUUGAAUCCCAAGAAAAAGGUAUGGGAAAAACUGCAAGUGGACUUGAAAACAAAUGAUGGACUAUUUGCUGUUUGGCAGGGCAAUAAACUCAUUAGCAAAGUAAAUGGUAAUCCUGUUACUACUAAGUCUAUGAAAAAUGCGCCUAUAAAAUAGGUGGCUUUAUUUAGUUUCAAAUAUUGUUAUUCAGGGGAAUCUUUUGCAUUGUAUUUGCAUUUUUAUUUCUAAUGUAUCAGUAAUAUUCUUCCAACACACCUGCUUAAUUUAUGAUUUGAAUGUUAAUAAAAUAUAUAUUUUUAA